AUGUUAACUGAAGCAAACAUAACUCGUUUGGUAUCCAAGCUCUCUCAGAUGCGGGGUGCCGCACUAAAGCUCGGCCAGUUCAUGAGCAUCCAAGACACCCACCUCCUACCCCCAGAAGUCGAUAAAAUAUUCCGUCGCGUUCAAGACAGCGCUCACUAUAUGCCGGACUGGCAGAUGCAACAAGUGCUGUACACGUCCCUAGGGGAAUCAUGGGCCGAUAAUUUUACAUCGUUCGAUCGUAUACCGUUCGCAGCUGCAAGCAUCGGCCAGGUGCACCACGCUGUCCUUGCUCAAAGUCAGAGUCCAUCUGGCGACGAUGGCCAACAUGUCGCUGUAAAGAUCCAGUUCCCGAAUAUUGCUAACUCAAUUGCGAACGACCUUGGCUAUGUUAAGAUGAUUCUUACCGCUGGAAGCUUGCUUCCACGGGGGUUAUUCCUGGAUCGUACGAUUCAAGUAAUGAAAGACGAGCUUGCUGACGAAUGCGACUACUCGCGGGAGGCAAGUUUCCUCGAGCGGUAUAGGAGCCCAGAUUGUCUUGGUGCAGAUGCACGGUUCAGGGUCCCGUGGGUGUGGCCAGGUAGCACAGAGCGUGUUCUUGUAAUGGAGCAUGUAGAAGGCGUCAGCAUUGGAGAUGCUAUAGUCGGAGGUUUACCACAAGAAGAGCGAAACGAGAUUGCAUCGCGAAUCAUCGAGCUCUGCUUGCGGGAGCUCUUCCAGUUCAGACUCAUGCAGACGGACCCUAACUUCACAAAUUUCCUAUGGGACUCAAGGGCACAACAGCUGUCCUUGGUCGAUUUUGGUGCAACGCGCGAGUACACGAAAGAAUUCAUGGACAACUGGCUGCGCCUUCUUCAAGCCGCUGCAUCUGAGGACCGUAUCGCAUGCGCAGAAUGGAGUCAGAAACUUGGAUAUCUCACUGGAGAGGAAAAUGAAGUCAUGCUCAAUGCGCACGUCAGCUCCAUGGUCCUCCUAGCUACCCCCUUCAAACCCACGACCUCGCAGCCCUUCGCAUUUGGAUCUGGGACACCGUGGGCGGACAUCACAGCUCAAAUACGUGAUUUCAUACCCGUGAUGCUUAAGCAUAGGUUGACGCCUCCACCAAGGGAAACCUACAGUCUGAAUCGGAAAUUGAGUGGGGCGUUCCUACUUGCUUCGAGGUUGCGUGCUGUGGUAGACACCAAGAAGCUUUGGGACCAAGUGACUGAACCGUACAAGUUUGCAUGA